UGCAAACCUCGUCUUAUUCCCUUGAAGAGCUUCACUUUGGAAAAGUUAGAGAAGAUGCAACAAGCUGCACAGGCUACACUUCAAGAACAAAAACUUGCACAACUCAAUGAGUGAUUUCAAAACAUACGCUAACAACUAAAACAUUCAAGAUGAUGCAUUAUGGUCCACUGAUCUCGAAGGUGGUGCUAUCCUUUUUGAUAUCUUCCAGUGUCUUAUACAGAUAUGGAAAUUGGUAUAGGCAUAGAAUUGUGGUCACACUUGUUGUGUUACUGGCAUGGUUUUUCAGUUUUCUUAUAAUUUUUGCUCUACCUCUUGAUAUCAUAUCAACUGUUUAUAGAAAUUGUCUAGCUGAACAUCCUGUACAUGAUGAAAUCCAAGAAGGUAAUUCUACUACAAUAGAACCACCUGUUUCGUGUAAGAUUCCAUGGAACAGUGUACCAGAAGAGGUGUUUCCCAAUUUAUGGCGCACAGUUUAUUGGUCGACGCAGUGUCUCACUUGGCUGUUUAUGCCAAUGAUGCAAUCGUACAUAAAAGCCGGCGAUUUCACCGUCAAGGGCAAGCUUAAAUCGGCUUUAAUUGAUAACGCCAUUUAUUACGGCUCGUAUUUGUUUAUUUGCGGCGUGUUGUUGAUUUACCUCGCCACGCGGCCCGGGAUUGAUAUUUUCGAGUGGGCCAAGUUGAAAGCGAUCGCUUCUUCGGCGAGUAACACGUGGGGUUUGUUUCUUUUGGUGUUGUUAUUGGGCUAUGCGUUGGUCGCUGUUCCACGCAGUUUGUGGAACAACUCAAGUCAUUCGUACGUGCUUAAUCAUGCGUAUUUUAAAGCUGCGAAGUUGAGCAGUGAUAAAGCUGAAGCGGAGGAAACUGUUGAUGAUGUUUUAGAGUCACUUCAAGCUAUUUCGAAAGUAGUGAAUGCUAGUCAUCCGAUGUAUCAGCAGUUGGAGACGAUUUUACAGAAAGUGCCAUCGGAGUUGCGCGAUCGCAUGAAUCGCCGACAACUUCCAGAUGAUAAUCAUGCGGAUUCGCCUGGUGAAAAAUCACUUGUUCGAUUACACAAACAGGUGAUAAAAUCAUUACAAGUUCUGCAGAGAACUGAAACGCAAUGGAAUAUAUUGAUCGAAGAAAUCUUCUCUUUGGAAGACACGCUGAGAAAUAUGAACUCACGUGACAGAAUUUACAAGCAUACAUUUGACAAACCCAAAGGGCAACUUGCGAGGAUCAUUUACAACGCAAAAAUAGAAUGGUAUUGGAAGUGUAAGUUUUCAAUGUAUUUGAAGAAAGUUUUGGCUGUUUUGGCCGCGUUUUUAUCCACUGCGGUUGUUUGGUCCGAAGUGACAUUCUUUAACAAACAACCUGUAUUGUCAAUUUUUGCAAAUAUCGUCAAUGUUGCAAAGAAAAACUACGAUUAUUCAACUAUUGAGAUUUUAUCAACUGCAGUCAUAUUAUAUCUUUGUUAUUGCGCUUAUUCAACUGUACUUAAAAUCCGCGUCUUGAAUCUGUACUAUCUCGCACCGCAUCAUCAAACCAACGAAUACAGUUUGAUAUUUUCCGGGAUGAUGUUGAGUCGUCUCACACCGCCGCUCUGCUUAAACUUUCUGGGCGUAAUUCACAUGGAUAGCCAUAUUAUUAAGAAACAAAUACUGGAAACUGACUAUACGCAGAUAAUGGGGCACAUGGAUGUGAUUAAAAUCAUCUCGGAUGGUUUUAAUAUCUAUUUCCCGAUGGCGAUUCUAUUCUUUUGUCUGGCGACGUAUUUCAGUCUCGGUGCGCGGAUUUUAUCCGCUGUGGGUUUUCAUCAAUUCAUUGGCGAUGAUGAAAUCACCACUGAUUUAGUGAAUGAAGGUAGAGAGUUUGUUAAACGUGAAAAACGCAAGCGACAGCGUACGGAAGAGUCAAUAAGUCGACGCAGGGAUUUUAAUGAACGAUUUCAAACGACUGGAAGAUUCAGACCGGAACGUGGAAGUACAGAUACAAUACGUUCUAUACGUAAUGACGAUGGGCUAGAGUCAACCCGAACAAACCUGUUGAAACACGACGGCGCAGAGACCGAAAUCGGAAGUGGCACGCGCUACGUCAAUGAAGUGGACACACGAUUUCCGCCCACGGGCGAUCUCGCGGAUGAUAUUGACGCGCGUUUCGGAAUCAGUACGCAUGGCAUCAUCAACGAACGGUAUGACAGCGCCAACGAAUUGGACGCGUUUAAUCAAUUGGAUUCUUUGGAUUACAGAAACCGUGUGGGCGCACCGCGCGGCAUAUUCGAUGACGUAUAAGCGCAUCUCUUACAGGAAUAUUCUAAUAACGCACUAUCAAUACCAAUAUUUUCUAACGGAAGUAACACCUUGUCAACGUAAUGUGUUUGCCAUGAUUUUAAUUCUUUUGAAUGAUUGUUUUUUACGUUUAUUAAAUCUUUAAUUUAUGGUAGCUUAUAUCACGCAGUUGUUGUAGACAGAUAUAUUGAGAUUGUUUUAGGUUAAGUCCAAUUUAAAGUAAGCACCUAACCUAUCUUUGAAGAUACAAAAAAUGGCGUGUGUUUUGUUAUGAUAGGAUAUGUUGCGGAUGAUUUAAACAUUCCUAGAUGUGUAAGUAAUUAUUUGAUAUACGUGGGAUAUGAUAAUCUGGUCAUUCAUUUAAUUUCAAAUAAAUAAACAAUGCACUAAAGUAA